CGGGAGCUCCUGGCGGGUGCUGCCGCUUCGGGCUGAGGCUGCAGAUGAUUGUGAAGGCAAAGUGGGCAUCCGAGGACCGGGAUGAAUGGACCAACCGGACUGUCGUACCUGGGCCGUCGCGAGCGCGUGCUCAAGUUAGGCGAAAGUUUCGAAAAGCAGCCGCGCUGCGCCUUCCACACUGUGCGCUAUGACUUCAAACCUGCUUCUAUUGAUACUUCUUGUGAAGGAGAUCUGGAGGUUGGCAAAGGUGAACAGGUGACAAUAACUCUACCAAAUAUAGAAGGUUCAACUCCACCAGUCACUGUUUUCAAAGGUUCCAAGAGACCUUACUUAAAAGAAUGCGUUUUGAUUAUUAAUCAUGAUACUGGGGAAUGUCGCCUAGAAAAACUCAGCAGCAACAUCACUGUAAAAAAAACAAGAGUUGAAGGAAGUAGUAAAAUUCAGUACAGAAUAGGACAUCAGCAGCAACAAAUGUGGAAUUCAUCUAGGACUUCCAAUCUUGUAAACCAUUCUCCAUCAGAAGAUAAGAUGUCUCCAACAUCUCUAAUGGAUGAUAUUGAAAGAGAACUGAAGGCAGAAGCCAGUCUAAUGGACCAGAUGAGUAGUUGUGAUAGUUCAUCAGAUUCCAAAAGUUCAUCAUCUUCAAGUAGUGAUGACAGUAGUUCUAGUGACUCAGAAGAUGAAGAGAACAGAUCUUCUCCUUCAGGUUCAGGGAAUUGUACCUCAGGACAUCCAUCCAUGUCUGCCAUACCACAGUACAGGUCUCCUGACACUGAUGCUAGUCAUAAUAGAUUUCCUGACCACAGUGGCCUUCUGAUGAGUACUUUACGACAUGAUUUGCAACUGAGUGAAUCAGACAGUGACAGUGAUGAGUGAAGCAAUAUUGAGUUGUAAAUAUGACAUUUGUAUGGCAUGUGAUAAUUUGUUUUGUAUUAAUAAAAACCUCUUAUGUCUAAGAAAAAAUACAACAUUUGAUGAAAAAUUAAAUUUGAUUCAGAAUUU